AUGCUGUGUUGCAGUCAUCUGCGCUUCAUGUGGCAGGUUCUAACGCUCCUGACCGCCCUGUGUGUGGCGCUACAGUUACUCAGUGUAGUCCGGCAAUCCUGGAACAUGAAGGCGUUUGCACCAAUCAGACAGUGGCUGCUCGAGGCUCCUACAGAAAAGCUCCUGCGUUCCACCACUGACUGGACGGAUCAUCACGUCUUCCAGUGGCAGGACCCAAACCAGGAGGAUCUUCACCCGGACCAGAGGAGGAACCGGAUCUCCGAGACCGUAAAACCACGUCUGAACACGACGGCACACAGACGCCUGGCGAGCACCGCCGGAAUACCAAUACCAACCGGGCAUCAGCGGGCAACCAAACCCGCUCCAAAAAUCCUGACUGAAGAUCACUGGGUCGAGCGAAAAGCUCCUACACAACCACGACCCCCAAAUCCUGAAAUCUCAUCCACAACAUCACAGGUCGCCCCUCCUAACAAACCCCCUGACCAGCGCCCGUCCAGCCAGGCUGAGGGCAUGAGGGCGUGCCACCCCAAAACACACAUCGUCUUCCUAAAGACGCACAAGACGGCCAGCAGCACCAUCCUGAACGUCCUGUACCGCUACGGUGAGAGCCGGAACCUGACGUUUGCUCUCCCGGUGAACAGCAACAGUCAGCUGUUCUACCCUCACCUCUUCAUGUCCUACUUCGUCGAGGGCGUGAAGACGGGCGCGGCCACCCGGUUCCACAUCAUGUGCAACCACAUGCGCUUCAAUGCCCUCCAGGUGAAGAAGCUGAUGCCCUCAGACACGUUUUAUUUCUCCAUUCUGCGUAAUCCGGUGUCCAUGAUGGAGUCGCUGUUUACCUACUACAAACUGAUUCCGGCCUUUUACAGAUUUAAAACCCUGGAGGACUUCCUGCUGGACGCUGGACGUUCCUACAACGCCUCCUGGCCCGGAAGUCACUACGCUCGUAACGUCCUGACCUUCGACUUCGGCUUCGACGGCCAGGCACCGUCGGACGAGGCGGAGCUGGACAGGCGCGCCGUGGCGCUGAUCUCCGGCGUGGAGAGCCGGUUCCACCUGGUCCUGAUCUCCGAGUACUUCGACGAGUCCAUGGUGCUGCUCAGACACGCCCUCUGCUGGACGCUGGAGGACGUCGCGUCGUUCCGUUUGAACAGCCGGAGCGAGAAGUCGCGCAGGCCGCUGAGUCCCGGGAUGGCGGAGCGAGUGACGAGGUGGAGCUCGCUGGAUUGGCGACUGUACCGACAUUUCAAUGCUAGCUUCUGGCACCGCGUGGAUACCUCGCUAGGACGGGCUAAACUCCGACUGGAGGUGGAGAGUCUCAGAGCUAAAAGGGCGGAGCUGCAGAGGACUUGUCUUUUAGAGGGCGGAGCCGUGGAUCCAAGGCUGGUUCGGGAUUCGUCGCUGAAGCCGUUUCAGUACGGCCAAGCCGUCAUCCAGGGCUACAACGUCCGGCCGGGACUGGACGACGACACGCGGCGACUCUGUGAGAGACUCAUCAGACCUGAACUGCAGUACACUAGCUUACUGUACGCUAAACAGUUCCCGGAUCUCGCCGCUAAGCAAGCGGCCGCCGCCAAGCACAACACGCGACCAGUGAGGAAAAGCUUUAACAGCGCUGGGGGCAGCAGGAAGCGCAUGUUUACGCGCAGGAGGCUACGACGUUAAAGACAAUUCACCGAGUAUAUAUAAGAACAGAUCAGCAACGAUGUGGUUACAUCACAGCACAAAACAACCGACAUUAAAAUGAACCUCAGUGGUAAUAAAGUAUGA